AUGACGUCCAACUCUUCGCCAUCGCCGUCUCCUUCGGCUUCAGCGGCCUCCUCGCCUUCCACCACGCUAUGCACUCUCCGCGUACAGGUGCUCUCGGGAAAUAAUUUGGCUGCCAAAGAUCGCAACGGAAAGUCGGAUCCCUUUGUCGCCGUCAGCUUGCCCGGCUCUGCUGCCUCGUCUCAUCAUGCCAACAACUCCCACACCACCGUAAAACCAAAGACGCUCGACCCAGUCUGGAAAGCCGAAGAAGCCACCUUCGAGUUCCGCGUCGUACCAGACUGGUUUGGCCCUCACUUCGCCGCGGUAGCCAGCGACGACAUCGACUCGAGUGUCGUACGCGCUGCUAUCCAGCAAGUCAUCACCGAUGCCAGCCCCCUCUCACCACAUGCCGCCGCCGCUUCGGCUGCUGCUGCUGCUGCUACAACUACUACUACCAACCCCACCACAAAGCCUCGCCCUCGCCUCGGUCUCCGUUCUGCCUCGACUAAAAAGAUUUCGGGCGCUGCAUCCAAGAUCUUUGUCGCUCCUGUCAAGCUAGGGGCCGCCGGCGCCCGUGUCGUUGGCAGGCAGAUGCCACGCCCCAUGCUCCUUCGUCGACGACUUCGUCCUUCUACAGAUCCUCUUUCCAACUCCACCGCCGCUCUUCACGACGCCGCCAAACCGACACGUGGCUCCAUCCAACUCGACGCCUCCAACGGUAUCGUCUCGUCGCUCGAAUUCGUCAUCUGGGACAAGGACCGUUUUUCCGGAGACGACUACAUGGGCGAGUGUUCGCUUCCUGUCAGCUCGUGGUGCAAAGAUGGGUUUGCCGAGUGGAGUAAAGCACAGCCUCUUUGGCUGCCCCUGGAAUCUUCCCACCCCCACGCAAAGAUCAGUGGCGAGCUGCAGGUCAAGAUCGGUUUCGUCCCGGCUUCCCCCACCGCUGCCACCGGUCCGCAGUCCUGGAGCGUCGACGAGCUCUACAACCGUCUCGUCUUGGCGGCGCUUGGUACACAAGGCGCUGCGGUGCGAGCUAUCCCUGCUUCUCAGUCGGUCGGCACCACUGGCGCAACAGAGGCGUUUCUCGAUGAUGGCCUCAGCAGCGACAGCGACGACGAAGAUGAUGAGGACGACGACGACGAUGAUGAUGAUGACGAUGGCGAUGACGAUGAUGAUGAUGACGACGACGAAGAAGAAGGAGAAGAAGAUGAUGAUGAUGACGACGAUGACGAUGAUCUGGGUGUCUCUGAUGGGGGUCCUAGCGAUCUCAAUGAUGGCCUGGAAUUCGAGUCGGACGACGAAGCCGUCUACGAUCAGCAUUAUCAGUCCAUUGCCGGGGCGCCUGCUGCUGCAACACAGUCCUCGACAGCCUCAGCCUCGCCAUCAGCAGCACUGCUCACUCCACCGCCACAGUCCCAGACUACUCCAGGCAAGUACCGACGCAUAUUCUCUCGCAACAAGAGUCCCAAGUCCACCUCAACUUCAGGCGCUGCUACGCCCAUUGAUUCUACCGCCCCCGCCCCCGCUUCCGACUUUGACGCCUCGCAAGCCGCCGCGCCUAUCGAAUCGGCCUCAGCUACCGGUACAAAGCCACGCACAAAACGACGCUUGCCCCGUGUGAGGCGGCUCAAACCGAACGCUGCCCCCGGAGAUGACUCGCAAACAAGCGAUUCUCGUCGCUCCAAACGACAAGGUGGUGCUCGUCGUCGAGGCCAGGGUAACAGUCGACGCAAACGAGGCGAGUACGCCUUCAAGGCUGAGAUGGGCAUGGACAUCAUCGGCAUCGUCAUGAUGGAAGUCAAAGGUGCCACCGAUCUGCCUCGAUGGUCCAACAUGACACGCACCGGCUUCGACAUGGACCCGUUCGCCAUCAUCAGCUUCGGUCAAAAGAUCUUUCGCACGCGUGUGGCUCGGCACACACUCAACCCGACAUGGAACGAAAAGCUGCUCUUCCACGUCCGUCGACACGAGACCAACUUCCAGACGAAAUUCAUGAUCUACGACUGGGACCGCAUGUCUUCUAACGACUACGUCGGUGGUACGCAGAUCUCCAUUGCCGAUCUGGUGGACGCCGCUCCGAAAGCGGAUGCCGAGACAGGCUUGUACAAGAUGGGCGACGAAGGUAUCGCGGGCUCCAUGAAAGAGUUUGUCCUGCCCUUGUCUCGAGUAGAAAAAGACGAAGAGGUCAAGUUCAAAAGCAAAAGGCCAACCCUGACGAUCCAAGCCAAGUUUACGCCUUACGAUGCACUUCGUCAACGAUUCUGGCACCACCUCGCCCAGCAGUUUGACACCAACGACAGCGGUACCUUGUCGCGCCUGGAGCUGUCGAGUAUGCUCGACAGUCUGGGAAGUACGCUCAGCACCAAGACGCUCGACAGCUUCUUUUUGGGUGUCAACAAGAAUCCGGAAGAAGACGAGCUGACGUUUGAGGAGACCAUCGUGGCGCUCGAGGCCGAGGUGCAAAAACCCUGGAACUUGAAGAGGAAGGCGGUGCGCCAGUCGAGCUUCAACAGCGGUCCACAGACGCCUUCACUGUUGGGCGGUGUCGGAGACGUUGGCACGGAUUUGAACCAGGAAAUGGACUUCAGUGGAGCCGAUGCUCCCUCGGCUGGAUCCGGGUUGCACGAGCGUGCAACGCCAAUCAUCACUGGAACCGCUCUGACACGUUCGAGCACGAGUGACGACACGGCGGCCGGAGGCGCCAUGACGAAUUCGGGUGGCAUGAUGCGCACGCUCGACCGCGAUCUUUCUGCGCUCUCAUUGACGUCGUCGACGGAUUCUUGCUCGAACGGCGGCGGUAGCGGAGCACGCUCGUCGCAGUUGACUGCCGACUCAGCCACGGCGCGCUUGGCCAAGCCGCGCAGCGCCAGCGGCUCGAGCUCUGGCAUGCUCUCUUCCUCGCCCACUCCUCCGCUCAUCCAUAUUGAGAGCAACCAGGGUUUGUCCUCGUACGACGAUCUCUCGACGCCCGAGCGCGUGGUGCGACUGCAAUCGUGUCCGCUAUGUCACAUGCCGCGGCUCUCAAAGAAGGGCGAAAUGGAUAUCAUCACGCACCUCGCCGUGUGUGCGUCGCAGGACUGGCGAAGGGUGGAAUCGCUCACGGUGCGCAACUACGUGACCGCCUCGCAGGCACAUCGCAAAUGGUACACGAAAGUGGUCAACAAGAUUUCUCAGGGCAACUACUCGCUCGGGGCGAAUUCGGCGAAUAUCAUCGUCCAGGACCGACGCACGGGCGAGCUGAUGGAGGAGAAGAUGCAGGUGUACGUGCGACUCGGGAUUCGAUUGCUGUAUCAGGGCGCCAGGUCGCGCAUGGAAGGUGCAAGGGUGAAAAAGAUGUUGAAAAACAUGUCGAUCAAGCAGGGUGUCAAGUUCGACAGCCCUGCGAGCGCAAGAGAGAUCCCGACGUUUAUCGCAUUUCACCAUCUGAACACGGACGAAAUUCGAGAUACGCUCGAGAGCUUCAAGACGUUCAACGAGUUUUUCUACCGCAAGCUCAAGCCGGAUGCGAGGCCGAACGAGGAAGCGGACAAUGCGCGACGGCUCGUCAGUGGAGCCGAUUGCCGUAUGAUGGCGUUUGAAAGCAUUUCCGAGGCUACACGCAUCUGGAUCAAGGGCCGUGAUUUUAGCGUAUCGCGGCUGCUGGGCGAUGCCAGCAAAGGCGUGAGCGACAUGGAUGUGUACCAGAACGGUGGAGCGCUCGCGAUCUUCAGGUUGGCACCGCAGGACUACCAUCGCUUCCACUGUCCGGCGGACGCCACCGUGGGCAAGUUCACGUGGAUCGCAGGCCAGUACUACACCGUCAACCCGAUGGCGAUCCGAUCGGCGAUCGACGUGUACGGGGAAAACAUCCGCGUGGUGGUGCCGUUCCACUCUGCGCAGUUCGGAACAUUCUACGCGGUCUGCAUCGGCGCAAUGAUGGUGGGAAGUACCGUGUUGACCGUCAACGAGGGGCAGCACGUGAGACGGGGCGACGAGUUUGGGUAUUUCAAGUUCGGAGGCAGCACGAUCGUGCUGGUGUUUGAGCGUGGGAGGGUGGCAUGGGAUAGGGAUCUGGUGGACAAUAGCCGCGCGGCGAUCGAGACGUUGGUGAGGGUGGGGAUGGGCAUCGGCAGAGCCACGGCGUUGCACGAUGUGGAAGGGCUACAAGAGAGCGAGGACGCUAAGCAAUAG